CCCCGCGGCCCCGCGAGACCCUAGCCCGCCCGGCCCCGCAGGAAGCGGCCGCCGCCACCCAGUCCAGCGCCCGCUCCGCCCGGGCACCAUGGCGGGGAAGGCGGCCGCCCCCGGCACCGCGGUCCUGCUGGUCACGGCCAACGUGGGCUCGCUCUUCGACGACCCGGAAAACCUGCAGAAGAACUGGCUUCGGGAAUUCUACCAGGUCCUGCACGCACACAAGCCUCACUUCAUGGCCUUGCACUGCCAAGAAUUCGGAGGGAAAAACUACGAGGCCUCCAUGUCUCAUGUGGACAAGUUUGUCAAGGAACUACUGUCAAGUGAUGCAAUGAAGGAGUACAACAGGGCUCGUGUCUACCUGGAUGAAAACUACAAGUCACAGGAACACUUCACGGCGCUAGGAAGCUUUUAUUUUCUUCAUGAAUCCUUAAAAAACAUCUACCAGUUUGACUUUAAAGCUAAGAAGUAUAAGAAAGUCACUGGCAAGGAGAUCUAUUCGGACACUUUGGAGAGUACGCCGAUGCUGGAGAAGGAGAAGUUCCCACAGGACUACUUUCCUGAGUGCAAAUGGUCAAGAAAAGGCUUCAUCAGGACGCGGUGGUGCAUUGCUGACUGUGCCUUCGACUUGGUGAACAUCCAUCUUUUUCAUGAUGCAUCCAACUUAGUGGCCUGGGAGACAAGCCCGUCGGUGUACUCGGGUGUCAGGCACAAGGCCCUGGGCUAUGUGCUCGACAGAAUCAUCGACCAGCGAUUUGAGAAAGUUUCCUACUUUGUCUUCGGUGAUUUCAACUUCCGCCUGGAUUCCAAGUCUGUUGUAGAGACCCUCUGCACAAAGGCCACGAUGCAGACAGUCCGGGCUGCUGAUACCAAUGAAGUUGUAAAAUUGAUAUUUCGGGAGUCAGACAAUGACCGGAAGGUCGUGCUCCAGUUGGAAAAGAAGCUCUUCGACUACUUCAACCAGGAUGUCUUCCGGGACAACAAUGGCACUGCGCUCUUGGAAUUUGACAAGGAGUUGUCUGUCUUUAAGGACAGACUGUAUGAACUGGACAUCUCAUUCCCCCCCAGCUACCCGUACAGUGAGGACUCCAGCCAGGGAGAGCAGUACAUGAACACGAGAUGCCCUGCUUGGUGUGAUCGCAUCCUCAUGUCCCUGUCUGCCAAGGAGCUGGUUCUUAAGUCAGAGAGCGAGGAGAAAGUUGCCACCUAUGACCACAUUGGGCCCAAUGUCUGCAUGGGAGAUCACAAGCCGGUGUUCCUGGCCUUCCGAAUCGCACCUGGGGCAGGUAAACCUCAUGCCCAUGUGCACAAGUGUUGUGUCGUGCAGUGACGUGGUGGGAAGAGGUGCCAGCGCCAUGAGAGGAUCCUCGAGAGACCUCCUUGUAGCAGAGUAUCGAACUCACCCUCCUAACAGCUGCAUCGGAACCCGCCCAAGCAUCACCUGCGAGAUGGCCAGCCGGCCCCACACUUUGCUUCAGCCUCCGGACCUCCGGAAAGCCUCACAUACCUCACUGUCGUGUCUGUCACGUGACAUUGUAGACAUAUUGGGUUUAAUCAAGCCACAGUCCUAUUGCCAAAACUCUAACAGACAGCAGAGCGCCUGUAUUUUAGACUUCACAGUUUUCCAUUUUUAACGAUUGUCUGUGGAGGAAGCUUCUCCAUUUAGAGCCCCAGGUGUUCAGCGUCCCUCUCUGCCAGGAGGAGUGUGCCGGGCACUAGCCCAGGCAGCAAGGCUGCCCUGUGUGCUCAAGCCCGAGGCCCCGAGGUCUGACUCUACUGCCAUGUCACAUGGCGUCUGAAUCACACUGCAGCUGCUUUCCAUUUUUAUAUAUAUAAAUACAUAUAAAUAUAUACUUUUUAAAAAUAAUUUAUAAAUCUUACCAAAACUUAUGCUGAAUAUACUUUCCAGUAUGAGUGCACGAGUGUCCUAAGCAGGCAGAACCGCAGUCUAGUUGAAUGGCGAGUCCAUCAGCAGUCAGCACCAGUUCCUGAGACAAGAUCUAGCCAGUGCCCAGGGGUGAGGGGCCCCUUCGGCAUGCCUGUCCUAGCAGCUUGUCACUCUUCUGCCUUUUUCUGUGUAAUAUUAAGAACUGAAUGUGAAGUUUAUAGCUAGCCUGGGUGUACCUUUUAAGAAUUUUGUAAACCGUUUUGUCUGUCUUUUGUUACCGUUUUAUGGUGCCAAGUAUCCUACAUUAAAACCAUAAUCUCGUGGGAGAAUUAGAA